AUGCCACUCUCUGUGUGGCUCAUUGUGCUGACACUGCUUGCUGUGUUUGUGUGGCACAUCCGUCAUGAACCUGGAGAUCACCACUGGCAGAGAAUCUUGCCAAUCUCUUGCAUAGCUGGAAUACUGGUCUCCUGCAUCCUGGGCUUGGUUGCCUACAGGAAUUUCUACUCAAUCUAUUGGCUCUACCAUGAUAGCCAUGCCUAUGCCAACGUGUUGCCCUCUGAGCCAGCAGCUGGCUACUUGGAUGCUGGAAAGUUGGUAUUUGCGGAGGAGGCCCGUAUCGAUGCGACGAAAGGCAUGAGUUUCAAGGACAGCACCUUUGAGUGCGACGAUGCUUGGGAUCAGAAAGCACAUGCUGGGCUUGUUCUGCAAGCGCGAGACCAGUAUCGCCUGGCGGUGAGGCAGGCGGCAGCCGCCUAUGGCUUAGCGAGUGCGAAGGAACCAAUUUUCGUCCAGUGGGUGGUGGAUCCUGAGAAGGUGGAGCUGAACUACUGGAUGCUGGGAAAUGGCAUUCUCGUUGGCUCCUGCCUCAUCAGCUUGGUAAUCUCUGGUGUUUUGAAUGUCAUCCUACUUCGCGUCAGCGAGUCUGCUGCCAGAAGUCUUCUGAGAGACAAUCCGUUUUGA